GGCCGAGAAAGGGGAGAGCCGCGGCCUGCCCCGCCGUGGAUCAGGGAGCAGAGCAGAGCCGCGAUCCGGACCGGUCCUCCGACCAGCCGAGCACCUUCUAAGGCCGCGCCGGGCCUGCGGCAGGGGACUUGCUCGGAAGGGCGGAAAGCCCGGCCUGCCGAGCUCCUGGCCUGGGGCGCCCAGGCCCCAACUGCCAGCGGACCGCGCCCGCCGCUGCCCUGCCCUGCUCUGCCCUGCCCUGUCCACGGCCCGGGACCCCGGUGACCCCAGCCUCCGGGGCUGCCGGAGCCUCCCACAAACAACCCGGGAUUGGCUUGAGCCGGGAGAAGGGUCCGAGAUGCAGAUGCACUUCAUCUUCUCGGAUCAGGUGGUGCUAUUGUUUGACUUCUGGAAUGUCCACAGUCCUGCAGGGCUGGUGCUCUCGGUGCUGGUUGUUCUGCUUUUAGCCGUGUUGUAUGAAAGCAUCAAAGUCAGCAAAGCCAAACUGCUCCAUCGAGCCCUGCUCAGCUUCCCCAGAAAACUUAGCCAGCAGCUGAUCGAGGACUCAGAAGGAGAGUCCAUUGCCUCAGACCUGGCUCAGAACCACAUCACAAGCAGGUGGUUUCUGUGUCAUUUUGGCCAGUCGCUGCUCCACGUCGUCCAGGUGGUCAUCGGCUACUUUGUGAUGCUGGCUGUGAUGUCCUACAACACCUGGAUCUUCCUGGGAGUGAUCCUGGGCUCUGCGGUGGGCUACUUUGUGGCCUACCCUCUCCUUAGAGAGAGGUAGAGGCCUUGGGGCCUCCAAAGAAGUGGCAGAUGUCUCACGCUCAGGAGCCCCUACCCUCUUUCCCCACAGCUCACCGCUGUGCUUGGACCUGCCCUACGUCUGCCCGCUUCUAGCAUUGUUGCCCUGAAGGUGUGGCCAUCCUUCCCCUACACCCCAUCCUCACCGGCCCACCCACCAACCCUAGAGAAGCCUGUUGGACUCAAGCCAGCCACCCUGGUCAAUCGCCACUCCCACAUCGGGAGAUGCAGUGAUCCAGAUGGGGGGCAGGCCCCCGUGGAUGUGGUUCCCUCCGCCUACUCUCCCUCUCCCUGUGAGGCAGAAUUUGAAGUUGUCCCGGCCAUUGCCUAAGAUCUGGUUGAAAGUUGGUGAGGUGUGUUCUCUCCAUUGGGUUUUUAGCAACAGGCUGACAGGAGAUGGGAUUCUGGCCCAACUCUGCCCUUUGCCACUGUGCCUUACCCUAAGGGUCUGUUCUGCAAGGGAUAAACCCCCAGGGUUGGUGAGGAGGGGGAACAGACCAGCUCCUUCCACUGCUCACACUUCUGCCUUCGAGCCUUCAGGGAGCCAGAUCGAUGCUGGGUCUGGGAUAAAACAAGACUGACUCUUCUAUACCAAAAGUGGAGUGUAUCUGGAAUCCAAAAAGCUUCUAGUCUGUUGCUGGUGUGAGAGUGGAUCUGUAUUUUGGUACCUGACAGCUUUUGUGUAUUAAAAAUGACAAGACUUUUAACAGAAAA